AUUGUCACUGAACCUAGACUCCUCCUUAACCCCCACCCCUUCACCCCAGAUGCAACCCCCCCAGAGCAUCGCCAUAGCAGGCGCCAGCGACGUCUCCAAAUACCUCAUCGAGGAACUCCUCCUCACCCCCAAUCGACCACGUAUCACACUCCUCACGCGAUCCCUAGCCAACAGACCAUGGUUUACCACAAACCCACACAUCAGCAUCCGCGUAACGGAGUACACCGCACCAGCGCUACAAUCUGUCCUCGACGACGUUGAAGCAACCGUUCUUUUCUCUUUCCUCCACUCCAACGACACGGGCGUCUACAACACCGCCCACGAAGCCAUGUAUCAAGCGUGCAAAGCGAGUCGCACCUGUCGCCGCUUUGUGCCCUCUGAUUAUGGAGGCGAUAUUGAGCGCUUUCCGGGGCUGCCAAGGUUCUAUGAUGCGACGCAUCGCGCGUUUCGGGAGAAGGUCCUCGAAGGUGAGAGUGGGGAUGAUGACCACCGCAUGGAGUGGACUGUCGUAAAUGGCGGGUGGUUCAUGGAUUACUUCGCUCAGGGAAGUGCCGUUGAUCCCACUGCUCUUGCUUAUCGGGAGUUAGACGAUAGCCAGGGCAGCGAGGUGGGUACGGUGCCGUCCUUCGACCCGACUAGGGUCCGGUCGUAUAUGAAACCACUUCCGGGAAUCUGGCCGCUUGACCUUGAUACCUUUUCGGCGGUUAUACCAGGCACUGGGGACGAGCCGAUCGGGUGGACGGCUGCGCGGGAUGUCGCGAAGGCAUUGGUAAGGCUGGUUCAGGCGCCGCGAGGGACAUGGGAGAGGCACACGUAUGUUGUGGGUGAGAUUGGGACGUGGAAUCGGGCGGUGGAGACUGUGGAGAGGUUCUUCGGGAGGAGGGUUCAGGUGUCGAGGAACCCAGAGAGUGACAUCUUCGCUGCUGUGCAGGAUGAGACGCUGGGGCCGGAGAAGCGGGCCAUUGCGUUCAUGGAUGAGUGGAAUGUGAUGGGUGCUAGUGCGGUGCCUAUAGAUAGGGUUUUGGCGCAGCGCGAGAAGUUCUUUUCUGAUGUGGAGUUUCGAGGUGUUGAGGUUUUUUUGAGGGAUGCGUUUCAGGGGAGCCACGAGCGUAUGGUCUGAUCGUGUAGAUGGGGCUUGAA